GCCAUGGUUGGCAUCUCUUCCGUCCUCCUUGUGGCUAUGGUGGCUGCCGUGGCUGUUAGCUUAACCCACAGAGGCGCAACCUUAGAUGGAAACGAUCACCUCCAUAGUUCUCAAAGGACCAACGUGGACAUUCUUUGCCAACCAACACAGUACCAAGAAACCUGCAAGAAAAGCCUCGAAAAAUCAUCUGAAACCGCAAACAUGAAAGAGCUCAUAAAAACCGCGUUCAAUGCCACAGCUAUUGAGCUUUUAAACCACAUAAACAACUCCACCCUCUAUCAAGAGUUGGCCAAGGACAACAUGACAAGACAAGCCAUGGAUAUUUGUAAAGAAGUGUUGGAUUAUGCUGUUGAUGGCAUUCAUAAAUCUGUCGACACUUUGGACAAGUUUGAGUUAAGCAAGGUGAGUGAGUUUGCUUAUGAUCUCAAGGUUUGGCUCACUGGGUCACUCUCUCACCAACAAACUUGUUUGGAUGGUUUUGUGAACACAACCACAAAUGCUGGGGAGACUAUGGCUAAGGUUAUGAACACUUCUUUGGAACUUAGUAGCAAUGCUGUGGAUAUAGUCAAUGGGGCUUCUGAGUUUUUCAAGGAACUUAACCUUACCACAAAGGGUAAUAGGAAGCUUCUCUCUCUUGUUGGUGGUGGUUUUCCUUCGUGGGUUAGUGAAGGGCAACGAAGCCUUCUCGAAGUUGGGCCUGGAGAUGUUAAGCCCAAUGUGCUUGUGGCCCAAGAUGGGAGUGGCCAGUUUAAAACACUCGCUGAUGCUCUCAAAACUGUUCCCCCAAACAAUGCACAGCCGUUUGUGAUUUAUGUCAAAGCUGGUGUGUACAAUGAGAUUGUGAAUGUGGCCAAGGAAAUGACCCAUGUCACUGUUAUUGGAGAUGGUCCCACUAAGACCAUUUUCACCGGUAGCUUGAACUAUGUCGAUGGUUUCCUAGUUUACAACACAGCUACCUUCGGCGUUAAUGGUGACUAUUUCAUUGGCAAGAACAUUGGUUUCGAGAACACAGCAGGAUCGGAGAAGCGGCAAGCAGUGGCACUUCGAGUGACCACAGACCACGCCGCAUUCUACAAUUGUAAAAUUGAUGGGUUCGAAAACAGCCUCUACGCCCAAUCGCAACGUCAAUUCUACCGCGAUUGCACAAUCAGUGGCACAGUUGACUUUGUCUUUGGGGAUGCAUUUGGAGUCUUCCAAAAUUGCAAUCUAACGGUGAGAAAACCUUUGGAUAACCAGCGGUGCACCGUCACAGCAAGCGGGAGAACAACACCGAACAGCCCCAGCGCCCUCGUGUUCCAAAGUUGCCACUUCACGGGAGAUGCUGACGUGGCAACAUUGACCCCCAAAAUAGCGUACCUUGGAAGGCCUUGGAAGCCUUACUCUAAGGUUGUCAUCAUCGACUCUCUGAUUGACAACAUAUUUUCCCCCGAAGGAUACAUCGCAUGGAUGGGAAGGGCGUUUAUGGACACGUGUACGUUUUUUGAGUACAAUAACAAAGGUGCUGGUGCUGACACGUCAGCAAGAGUUAAGUGGCCAGGUGUUAGGACCAUAAGUUCUGUUGAAGCAGGGGAUUAUUAUCCUGGGAGAUUCUUUCAACUUGCUAAUUCAACCGAACGUGAUGCUUGGAUCGUUGAUUCUGGGGUACCCUACUCCCUUGGCCCCAUUGUGACUGUGACUGCCCAAGCCCAAGCCCAAGCCCAAAGUCCUAUACCCACUGUGUUAGUAAAAGGAGAAAGCAAAACGCAUGCUUGA